AUGUAUCUCGAACAACUACCAGACGAAUUAUUACUAUUCAUAUUUGGUUAUCUACAAAAAUUCGAUGUAUUCUAUGCAUUUAGCCAACUUAAUCGAAGAUUUCAACAAAUUCUUGAUCCAUAUUCUUAUACAAUUGAUCUUACAGAAAAAAGUAGACCUUCGUAUCGACAAUUUCGUCAAUUUCUCGACUAUGUUCUUCCUUUAUAUAGAAGAAAUAUUCGACUUUUAAAGAUAAGUGGACAACAUCAAUGUCAGCUUCUAAAAAAUCGAAUCAGUUCGUUCUCUAAUCUCCAAACAUUAGUAAUAGAAGCAGAAGACUGCGAAGAAGAUGAAUUCGAUUCAAUCAAAGAUGAUCAACAUAGUUUUCUUCAUGAAGCUUUCGAAGUACCAUCACUAAUAUCACUUACAGUUUCAUUUGCACGGAAUGAUGUGCUAACCUUGCUCACUAAUUCAAAAUUAUUGAAGUUAGUUAAUCUAAAUUUAUUCUAUUUUCGUGGUUUAUCCGAUGUUAUUGAUGAAGUAUCACAUCUGCCAACUUCGAUCACACGUCUACAAGUUACUUUGGCUUCUGUGACUCCUUUACCAAAACUAUUCAGGCUAGUGCCACAUCUUAUAUCAAUAAAUUUAUUAAUGAUCACAUUUGAUGGUUUGAUCUUAAAUAAUGCAUGGGAACUUCCAGAAAAGUUAGAAGAACUUUAUUUAGAAUUUGGACAAUACAACGAUGAAGAUCAAUCUGAAGUUCAGCCGAAAAUGAACGUAAUAAAAAUGUUUCGUGAAUACUUUAAAGAAAAACUACGAUUAUCGGAUAAAACAAAGUUCUUAAACCUCAAGAGAAUCUAUAUGUAUCACAUUGAAGCUUUAAAAAUCGAUGUUCUUUGGCUCUUAUCACUACUUCUACAACGUUCUCCAAACGUCAAUUUUUUACACGUAACAACUACUAAUACUGAAAAAGCUAUCAAACAAAUUGAACAGAUUAUCAUGCCGCUCACAAAAGCUCGAAAGAAUCAAAUCACUCACUUUGAAUUGAGUGUAUUCUCAGAUGAAGAUGUACUGGGAGCUAUUAAAAAUUACAACUACCAUCCAACAUUUUUCUCAGAAUUAUCAAAGCUUGCUAUUCAUGAUUCGAGACAAAUUAUCAAACGUAUGAUAGCUUAUGCUAUAUAUGCAUGUUCAAUAACAAUUCGUACAUUCGUAGGAUUUUCUAUACUUAUAUUUGUUUUUAAAUUUGAUUUUCCACCAUUUAUGGUUCUUGCUCUUGUUAUUCUUAAUGAUGCAUGUUCACGUCGUCCCUUUUUUCUUGAACGUCCAUCAAUAAUAUUAAUUUGUGCAUUUUCUAUAACACAAUUUAUUGCAACAUUAAUUGCUGUUUGUGCUAAUUGGACUUUUACAGAUAUAGAAGGUUAUGGUUGGUCAUGGGCUGGAAUUGUUUGGAUAUGGGAUUUUUAUGGCUUUUUCCACUUGAUUUAA